AUGGAGCACCAAGCUCUUGAGGUGGAGGGGCAGAGCCUCGAUCAAAAUGAUCAAUCACUAAAAAAGCUACAAAGGAGCUCAUUCCUACAUGCAACAUUCAACAGUGUCAGUGCCAUACUUGGGAUUUCUUUCCUCACCACACCCUACGCUCUCGAGCAAGGUGGCUGGCUGGGUUUGAGCAUCCUGUUCGCGUUUUCAGUGAUAUGCUGCUAUACUGCCUAUGUUCUUAGUCGCUGCCUCACCCCAAAUGGAUCAUACAACACAAUUGCCGAGGCUGCCUUCGGUUCCAGAGCUCGCCUUCCCUUCACCUUGCUGGUUCAAUUCGAGAUGAUAGCAGUGUUGGUGGGCUACACGAUUUCCAUGGGUGACAAUCUUGCCAGGCUAUUUCCUCAUGCUACUCUUCGGAUCUCAGCUCUUGAGAUUGGCCCUUCCAAGGUGCUGCUUUUCAUAGCGUUCCUCGUUGUUCUUCCAACAGUCUGGCUGAGAAACUUGGCAUGGAUAUCGUAUCUAUCUCUAUUUGGUAUUGUUACGUACAUGAUCAUCACGGUUACGAUGAUUUAUGCCGGAGCUGGAUUGGGUAUCGGGUUUCACCACUCCGUUCCACACUUGAGACCGGAAAACUUGCUCAACAUCGCGGGAAUCUAUGCCUACUGUUUUGCGGCUCACUGUGCUCUUCCUAGUGUUUAUACGUCGCUCAAGAAUCCCUCCAACUAUGCAAAGGUGUUGGUUCUCAGUUUUAUGAUCUCCACCAUGAUAUACAUUGGAUUCGCGUUUCUAGGAGGAACCAUGUUUGGGGACUAUACACUUCCGCAAGUAUCUCUAAAUAUUCCCACACACUUGGUUGCUGCCAAGCUUGUGCUAUGGAUGGUUGUUCUCCUUCCAUUCAGCAAGUAUUCGCUAUGCCUUGCUCCCAUAGCUCUCGAUAUUGAGAGCAAAUUCCCGUGGCCCAAUACUUCGAGAUCCUUUGUGGCAUCCAGCCUGCUUCUCAGGACCGGUCUCCUGAUCUUCGUUUUUUUGUUGGCUAUGGUUUUUCCAUACUUCGAAACCAUGGUGGCAUUUAUAGGCUCUGCCUCAGGCAUGCUCGUAGCGGUGACCCUUCCUUCGUUAUUUUACUUGAGAAUAUACAGAAACGUGAUGCCAAAGUGGGAGGCCGGAGUCAACUAUGCCAUCUUGGCUGUGGGAACUGCAGUGGGCAUGGCUGGAACCAUCGCGUCCAUCAUCAAUUUUGUGCACCGCAUAAGAUCAUGAUCAUCAUCCAGGUAACUCUUCAUUUGAAGAAUCUUCAAAUAAAAAGAUGACAGCGUUAUAUAGCU